GCGGAGAAAAUGUUGGCAGGAGUCGAGGUGGCGGCGAAGGAGCCCAAAAUGGAGGGGGAGAGCAGCGUGCCCAGAGUGCCAAGCAGCAACGGAGUUCCAGGUCCGAAAGGUGAAGGAGAACGACCUACUCAGAAUGAGAAGAGAAAAGAGAAAAACAGAAAAAGAGGGGGCAAUCGCUUUGAGCCAUAUGCCAAUCCAACCAAAAGAUACAGAGCCUUCAUUACAAACAUACCUUUUGAUGUGAAAUGGCAGUCACUUAAAGACCUGGUUAAAGAAAAAGUUGGUGAGGUAACAUACGUGGAGCUCUUAAUGGACGCUGAAGGAAAGUCAAGGGGAUGUGCCGUUGUUGAAUUCAAGAUGGAAGAGAGCAUGAAAAAAGCAGCUGAAGUUCUAAACAACCAUAGUCUGAGUGGAAGACCACUGAAAGUCAAAGAAGAUCCUGAUGGUGAACAUGCCAGGAGAGCAAUGCAAAAGGCUGGAAGACUGGGAAGCACGGUAUUUGUAGCAAAUCUGGAUUAUAAAGUUGGCUGGAAGAAACUGAAGGAAGUUUUUAGUAUGGCUGGUGUGGUGGUCCGGGCAGACAUUCGUGAGGAUAAAGAUGGAAAAAGUCGUGGAAUAGGCACUGUUACUUUUGAACAGCCCAUUGAAGCUGUGCAAGCUAUAUCUAUGUUCAAUGGACAACUGCUAUUUGAUAGACCAAUGCACGUGAAAAUGGAUGAGAGGGCCUUACCAAAGGGAGAUUUUUUCCCUCCUGAGCGUCUACAACAACUUCCCCGAAUGGGAAUGGAAGGCAUAGGAUUUGGAAUAAGUAAAAUGGGAGGCAUGGAGGGUCCCUUUGGUGGUGUUAUGGAAAACAUGGGUCGAUUUGGAUCUGGGAUGAACAUGGGCAGGAUAAAUGAGAUGGAGCGUGGCAUGGGUGGAGGAUUUGAAAGAGACUUUGCCAGAAACGAGAUGGGAAUGUCUCGAAGCUUCGGAGAGCCCCUUGGCAGAGGAAUGGGAAUCCUGAGUAAUGCACUGAAGAGAGGAGAGAUCAUUGCAAAGCAGGGAGGAGGUGGAGGUGGAGGCAGUGUCCCUGGGAUCAAGAGGAUGGGCCCCGGCAUUGACCGCAUUGGGGGUGCUGGCAUGGAGCGCAUGGGCGCAGGCCUGGGCCAUGGCAUGGAUCCUGUGGGCUCUGAAAUUGAGCACAUGGGCCUGGUCAUGGACCGCAUGGGCUCCGUCGAGCACAUGGGCUCUGGCAUCGAGCACAUGGGCCCGCUGGGCCUCGACCACAUGGCCUCCAGCAUCGAGCGCAUGGGCCAGACCAUGGAGCACAUUGGAUCUGGCGUGGAGCGCAUGGGUGCAGGCAUGGGCUUUGGCCUGGAGCGCCUGGCCGCACCCACUGAUCGUAUGGGCCAGACCAUUGAGAGCAUGGGCUCUAGUGUGGAGCGUAUGGGCCCUGCCAUGGAGCGCAUGGGCCUGAGCAUGGAUCACAUGGUGCCCGCAGGCAUGGGGGCUGGCCUGGAGCGUAUGGGCCCUGUGAUGGAUCGCAUGGCCACCGGCCUGGAGCGCAUGGGCCUGGAGCGAUUGGGCGCCAAAAGUCUUGAGCGCAUGGGCCUGGAGCGCAUGGGUGCCAACAGCCUAGAGCUCAUGGGUCCAGCCAUGGGCCUGACCCUGGGCGCUGGCAUUGAGCGCAUGGGUCCAGCCAUGGGCCUGGCCCUGGGCGCUGGCAUUGAGCGCAUGGGCCUGGCCAUGGGUGGCGGUGGCAGUGCCAGCUUUGACCGUGCCAUCGAGAUGGAGCGUGGCAACUUUGGAGGAAGCUUCACAGGUUCCUUUGGUGGAGCUGGAGGCCAUGCUCCUGGGGUGGCCAGAAAGGCCUGCCAGAUAUUUGUGAGAAAUCUCCCAUUUGAUUUUACAUGGAAAAUGCUAAAGGACAAAUUCAACGAAUGUGGCCACGUGCUGUAUGCGGACAUCAAGAUGGAGAAUGGGAAGUCCAAGGGGUGCGGUGUGGUUAAGUUUGAGUCUCCAGAGGUGGCUGAGAGAGCCUGCCGGAUGAUGAAUGGGAUGAAGCUGAGUGGCCAAGAGAUUGAUGUUCAAAUUGAUAGAAAUGCUUAAGCAGUUUCCUUUUUUAAAUAUCGAUACCAGACUUCUGAAUUUGUAUUUUUUCUUGUUAAUCAUUUUAAUUUGUUGGCUGGAUGUUUAAAAAAUUCAGUUGCUUUUUGGGGUAAUUUGAAUUACUUUUUUAAUGACUGGGGUUCCAUUUGACUGUUUGCAUUGAGAUUGCAAUGUGCGCAAUUUUUUUGUAGUUGUGGCAUCUUGUUGACCUCAAAUAUGACUUUGAUAAUAAAUACCAGUUCCUGGAAAAAAAA